CUUCCUUCUUUCAAUCACUGUUUAUUUAUUAUUUAUAUUUAUUUCCUUUCUACUUUUAUCUUUCUAGUUGCUUCACUGUGCCUUCUUUGGUAACCUUCUCAGUUUAUGCUUCCAUUUUCCUUGGAACUCUUCCUACUACUUCAUUAACUCUAGGCGGUCAUGUCUUUAUUUACUUAUUUAAUUCUUCUUAAAAUUUAACCCCUUCUUUCUUCCUAGUACGGACAAAAACUUGUCCAAUGUGUUUGUCUUAUAAUUGCCUGUUUGUGUCUGUCUAGUUUUUCUUGAUUUCCUCCUCCCCCUCUAUCAUCAUCAUCUAUCACUUUCCAUUCUUCUUCAAUUGGACUUUUACCCAUGCCCUUUUCACUUGGCUUCUUAAUUUAAGUUUGCCUCUCCUUACUGUCUCACUAUUUAUGCAAUACAACCUCAUGCCUUUCUCACUGCAUAAUUUUCUGUUGCUCCUCAUGCAAUUCUGAACCUAUGGUACAUAGCACAUAUACAAGGUAACCAUACAAAGGGGGACUUUGGAGAAGUACAAGGGUGGGGAGGGAGGGGGGUUAGAGUUUUAUUUUUCUCUAUUAUUUUGUUAUGGACUGGAAUUUGAAAGCACCUUCUUGGGAUUUGGUGGAUGUGGAUAAGGCUUCCAUACCCAACAUAGACUCAAUGGAGGAGCAUAACAGAUUUGGAGUUUAUAGAAUGGAGGGGGAGUUUUCUGUGGACUUGAAGCUUGGUCAUGUGGGGAAUUCUGGCACUGAAUCAGCAUUAUCCAAGUUCAAAGAUGUUGCUGCUGGUGCUGGAGUCUCCAAAGUGGCUUCCUCACCUUCAGGGUCUUCUAAGAGAGCUAGAGCCAUUAACAGCACAACCCUGACUGUGUCAUGCCUUGUGGACGGGUGCAAUUCUGAUCUUAGCAAUUGUAGAGAUUAUCAUAGGCGACACAAGGUGUGUGAGCUCCAUUCCAAGUCCCCAGAGGUCACAAUCGGUGGCCUCAAGCAAAGGUUCUGCCAACAAUGUAGCAGGUUCCAUUCGCUGGAGCAAUUUGAUGAGAGAAAAAGAAGCUGCAGAAAGCGUUUAGAUGGACACAACAGACGGAGAAGAAAGCCUCAGCCAGAACCUCACACCCGACCUGGUAGUUUUUUAUCGAAUUACCAAGAUUUUUCAGGUACUCAGUUGCUACCAUUCUCAAAUCCACACGUGUAUCCUUCCACUGCCAUGAUGAGCACCCCUUGGAGUGGAGGGCUUGUGACUUCCUCUGCAGAUGCGAGGUUGCACAACCAGCACCACCAUCAAGAGCUUUUUCUAGGAUCUUCUCACAAAGAAGGGAAGCAAGUGGCAUUCCUACACGGUAACCAUAGCAACCAAAGCCUUCCCUUUCCGUCUCCUUCUGUGUGCCACACGCUUCUCAGGAGCAGCCCUUUAUCAGAAAGUUGUGGAGCGAGAAGCAAAAUGUUCUGUGAAAGCUUAACGACAACAAAUUCGGUGCAUGACACUCCUUGUGCUCUCUCUCUUCUGUCAUCAUCACAGACGCACACACCUGGGAAUGGUUUGAAUCAAAUGGUGCAGGCACCGUCGAUGUCCCUGAUGCAGCCCUUAGGCCUGAGUCUGCAGGAUAACACCAACUUAGAGUCUGUGGAGCGAGUUUUGGUUCCCAAUGGCAGUGACCACUGUUCCUCCAUGUAUAGCUUGGGUUCUGAUGGAUCCCACUGCAAUGAAGCCCCUCAACUGUUUCCCUUUCAAUGGGAAUAGAGCUUUUCAUCGUAAGCCAAUCAUUCAUAAUCACACUUUGUCUUUCAUUCCUAUUAUGAAUUCUGAUUUUCAUCCUAA